UAUCUGUUAUAGACGCCGUCCUUGAUAUUGAAGAAAGCUGACGCUAAGACCGUUUCUGGGCCGAGGUCCAAGAAAGACAUCUUCUUCGCAGAUGCUGAGACAAAUCAUUUAGACAAUUACAAGAAACUGUCCAAAGAGAUGAAAAUUAAUUGAGGUGUAAUCAUUAAGUAUUAAUAUUGUUAGACAAAAGGGUUGCUAUUUUAGUUUAGAUAUUUGAUUGACAGGAAGAUGCCUCGACUGUUGAACUGGGCCACGCGCACGCGCGUACCGCUCAAGUCCGUGCGGAUAUCAGCGUGCAUGAUGGGACACUCCCUGGGCAUGACGUCAUCGUUCUCGUACUACAACGACCAGGACUAUCCACUAGAGGUCGCUUUUAUCUACCCGCUGGACAAUAAGACCACGGUGGUCGGCUUCGACGCCAUGAUAGCGGGACGGACGAUAGGUGUGCAGCUGAGGGAGAGGAAAGAACUGGACUACAUCUAUGACGUCAUGUGUAGUCACGAGGGUCUCCACGUGGGCCAACAGUUCCCCGUUCUGCUAGAGGAGCACCUUGCAGCCGGGAUCUUCGCGGUGAACGUCGGUACGAUACCGGCCCGGGAAACGGCGACGGUGAUCAUGAGCACGUCGUCCCGAGUGGAGAACAACUCCAGCGGUGCGCUGAGGUUCAAACUUUCGGACGGCUUCUGCCCGAGACAGGACAGUCCGACCGGAGGCAUUGAGCCCGACACCGACGAGGACGACGGUUUCUCCUCAGUGGGCACGCGCUCCCUCCCCGUCAACAUAGCCGUGACCCCCACAGCAUCCACCUGGAGCCUCACUAGCCUGCUGCAGGAGACGACACACACACAGAUGCCCUACGAUUUUGACUUCCACCUACAGGUGAAGAUGCCGUGUUUGCUAUCCGGCGUGUCCAGCCCGACUCACGCCAUACGUGUGGACGCAGACCCCUUCGCCAGCAGCGCAAACGAGGUCUUCGUCACUCUAGCCGAGCCUCACACCUUUGACAAGUGUCUGGAGGUUCUCAUACACUUGGAGCAGCCGCAUCAGCCGAUCGUCGUGUUGGAACACGGUCACAGCGUCGACACGGAAGAGACCUGUGACAUCAACAGAACCAGCGGCUUCGCAACACCCGUAGAUAGCCCUUUGGCGAGCAGUUUCGAGAUCAUCGAGGACCGAAUCUGUACGGACUUUGUCCACAAUCCAGUCCUCAUGCUCAACUACUGCCCGGACUUCUCAGACACCCUAGCCUCGAACCCGAAGACUUCUGAGGACAUCCAAGGCGAGUACGUCGCGGUGAUAGACAGAAGCGGCAGCAUGUCCGGAGCGUACAUCGCCACGGCCAGAGAAACCCUUCUGCUGUUCCUGAAGAGCCUACCAUCGGGCAGUGCCUUCAAUGUUGUCGGGUUCGGCUCCACCUAUAAGCCGCUGUUUGACGCCAGCGUCCCGGUAAACCAGGAGAACGUGGACACGGCCAGCAGCUGGGUCUGCAAGAUGAGGGCAGAUCUAGGAGGUACGAACCUGAUAGGGCCGCUUGAGUGGAUUUUCUCAGCGCCCAGACCAGCCGGCCGGCCCCGGGAAGUCUUCAUCCUGACGGACGGCGCCGUCAGCAACACCAACAGGGUCAUAGACCUGGUCAGGGCCAACUCCUCACACACGAGAUGCUGGACUGUCGGGAUUGGUGAAGGAGCGUCACGUGCUCUCAUCCGGGGAAUCGCGGAAGCCGGUCGAGGGAGGGCGGAGUUCGUGACUGAGGUGGACCGGAUGCAAGCCAAGCUUCUACUGUGUCUGAAGAGAAGUUUACAGCCCGCGAUUUGUGACGUCAACAUCGAGUGGAAGAUCCCGGAUGGAGUUCAGCUGGUGCAGACGCCAUGUCACCUGCCCAACCUCUACCCAGGUGACACGCUGACCGUUUAUGGCUUGCUGUGGGACGAGUUCAACGUUGACCAAUCACCGUUCUCGCCUCUCCACGGCAUGAACAGCCGAGACUCGUUCAGCGAGAAGAAGCCAUUGGAGGACGACCUGCUGAUGGACAUCGUCAUGGGCGUCACCAGAAAUAAAGACCCGGAAGCGGAUGUGACGAAACAGGACGAAGAGAUCAUCAAGAGAGAUGAGGAUUUGAAAGAGAAGGAUAUUGACGAAAACAAACACCACGACCUCCCGUCCCCUGAUAACGAGAAAGCCAAGCCUGGGAACGAGCAAUUGUCACCUGACAACGAGAAGCUUAAGGCUGGGAACGAGCGCAGGACGUCCACCUCUAAGGACAACCUGCUCAACAACCUGAAGGAGCCACACGUCAGGAGCAUCAGCGCUGACGCAAGUUACGUCAACACGCCGAGCCCGCUGGGAACAUCCGGGACAUUCGAGCACCUGGAGUGGGAUUCGUACAUCGACGAGCGCAUCCUAGCGGCCGGGCUGGAGAAACGCACCGAGGCGAAGCGGGAGGCGCUCCGGAGGCACCUGGAGAGGAAACGGGCCGACAGGCACGAGAGUAGAGACGGGCAGUGUGUGGCCGUCAUCCGAGGAACGCUCUGCGGGAAGGAGUUCGUCCGCGAGGUGCCCUUUGACAUCAGCGAGGCUCUGGACCCGGAAAUCACGCUGCCUUCUGGGAACGAGGACAGCCCGUGGGAUGACGUCAUACACCAGCUGGCGGCGACAACUCUCAUCCGGGACUUUGAGGACGAGAUUCUACGCAAGGGCUCUUCACAACUAGAAGACUCUCCGAUCCACGAGGCUCCUAUGGAAGACGCGGGUUCCCUGAAGGAGAAGAUCGUGGAGCUGAGCCAGGCGGCGAACAUCCCUUCCCGUCUGACGACGUUCGUGGCCGUGGACGAGCUGACAGGCGCCGUGCUGCCUCCCGUGGUACAUAACAGACCCAGGGACAGGGGCAAGAAACGGGCUCAGGAAAGCCUACUGCGGAAGCGGUACAGCGCGGAUAAGAUCCCCGGGUCGUCUGCCAGCCUGCCGGCGGGGCCGGACCUCCACAAGGCCGAGAGGUUCAUCCUCUCCAAGUUCGGCUCCUUCUCCAAGCUGCUGCCCUCCGGUACAACUCCUUCCAAGAAACCCAUGUACAGACCUGUCCUAGGAGGAGAGCUGAUCCCAGUGAGCGGGAAGUUCGCCCGGCUGGUGGAACUGCAAAUGGCGGACGGCGCCUGGCAACUGGACGCGUCAUUCUCUGACGUCAUCGACAUCCCCUUGGAAACGCUGUACCGCGCAUGCCCCAUGUUCGACAGACACGACAACACGUCGGGAAGGUACGGGUCCGCCGAGAUCGCCCGACGCGAUUCCGACGACAACACGACGCACUGCUGGAACUUCGGUAGGAGACACAAGAAAAACGGCGGGAACAACGAGGCCAAGAACUUGAAAAAGAUGAUGUGGCAGGAGUUGAACGAGUCCUGGAAAAGCGUCUCUCCCGCGCUUUUCAACCAAUCACAGGCCGCGCAGACGACGCAAGAGAACAAUUUUGGCGGGAACUGCGCAGACGACGAGGACAGAGAAUGUGUGACGCCAGAAUCAAACGACAUGGAGUCGACGAAAUCGCGCUUCUGGGCGACGCUGGUGGCUCUGGGCUGGCUGGAGAAGAAAUGCGUGCGGCUGUUUGAGGAGUGGGAACUCAUGGCGGGAAAAGCCGAGACCUGGCUGGCAACGAACGAGAACGCCCUGCCGAAAGGUUGGGACCUACUGAGCCUGAAGGCUGCCGCCAUGGAGGUCCUAGUUCUACUGCGAUAAAGCUGUUCUCACAUCUUCUUCAUCAUCGGUCGAUCUUCAUUUACGACUCAUCUGGCGAGACAUCUUCAAAUAUCCUGCUCCAAAAAAUAUCCCAUAGUCGGAUAUACUGAGAAUCAAGGGAAAAAAACGUCCUCAUACCCAGAGAAAAUGUUAACAAGCCGUAGUUCUCUGAUGGUAGAUUGUGGGACGAUCUACGUACAGAUGCUACGAAAUAAUCUGUGACCAGAACAGCUCUGUUGCCAAACUGUGUUGUUUUGCAGUAACAUAGUAGUUGGUAGGUGUUUUUGGCCAUGCCAGGAUGUACGUACCACAUUUGGAUUAGGGAAAUCCUUUAACGUGACCUAACUCGCUGAGAUAUAUAA